AUGGAAAAUCAACAACAGACAACGACACUAUGCCGCGCGGGUUGUGGUUUUUUCGGUUCAACUUCCACCGAAGGAUUGUGUUCGAAAUGUUAUAAGGAUUAUGUGAAACGAAAACAAGAUACUACUGCUCGCUUAAGUCCACCAUUACCAGCUGUGGUUAGCUCGGGUGCUAAUACGGCCACAGCUACAUCAAGUGCUGUUAGCAAUACAACGUGUAACGCCGAUAAUACUGCUGCCACUUCGUCGACGGUGAUUAUCGCCGAAAAGCUUAGGGAGGUUUCCUGUUCGCAGGCUGCGAAAUCCUCCGAAGAUAUGACUGCUCAAUUGGAAUCAGUAGCAGCGGCAGUGGAAGCAGCAGGUGGUAUCACGGCAUCGUCGUCGGGUACUUGCUCGGGUGUUCUUUCUGCAUCUAGCUCUGUGGCAAGCCUUGAUGCCGCAGCCCCUCCCGAUUCAAAUGCUUUGAGUAACGAAGGUCAACCGGUUCCGAAGAAAGCCAAUCGUUGUCAUGUUUGCAAGAAGCGUGUCGGCCUUACUGGUUUCGUCUGCCGUUGUGGUGGCUUAUACUGUGGUGAACAUCGUUAUGAUACGGCACAUGGUUGUUCCUUUGAUUACAAAACAAUGGAAAGAGAAGAAAUUCGUAAAAAUAAUCCGGUGAUUGUCUCAGAAAAGAUCCAGCGGAUUUAG